ACCUCCUCCAUCUCAGACUCAAAGCCAGAUACUCACCCACCAACGCCCAAGUAAACCACAGCCGCAAGGAAUACUACCGUACCUCGCCCCCGAGUCCAUCCUUUCACAGUCGUCCGACAAGCGCGACCAGUCAGAUUCAUGACCACAGACAUCCAAAACCUCAAAUCAUUUGAUCCGUUCGCGGAGGCAGAUGACGACACUGGUGAGGCCAAGACUCAGGCUCAGAACUACAUUCACAUCCGUAUCCAGCAACGCAAUGGACGCAAGACCUUGACCACGGUCCAGGGCCUCCCGAAGAAGUUCGAUCAAAAGAAGAUUCUGAAGGUCAUCAAGAAGAAAUUUGCCUGCAAUGGCACCGUCGUCACCGACACCGAGAUGGGAGAGGUGAUUCAGCUCCAGGGAGAUCAGCGUAAAGAUGUACAAGAUUUCCUCACCGAGAAGAAGGAGGGCUUGGGGCUAGACUCCAAGACCAUCAAGGUCCACGGUUUCUAAACCGUCUACCCCAGCUGCGCGCGAAACUGCGUUGCCCUCCAGCAGCAGGGUCAGGUCCGAGCGACCGGUCCGCCUUCUCGAUAUCCAGCACUCGAAGCUCGGGCCCCGACAUAUGGGAGAUACCAACGCGGUGGAGCCGUGCAGCCAGCAGCUGUAGUAGUGGAAG